AUGGCCCUCAUAUCUAUAGCCAUUUUGGUUGUUCUGGGCCUCACCGCCACAGCUAUCCUGCUUCCGAAGCUAAUUGGCAUUCUCCUCGGGCUUGUCUUUCGAGGAGUCGGCUGGAUCAUCUGGCAACGAACGCGCUCUCGCCACGGAUAUGUGAUCGCGCGGGCGCGGUCCGAAGAGGAAGAGCUACGUGCCACACAGCGAAAGGCUUCAACAGCUUCACUAUCGCGGAAUGGUGCCGAGGAUGAGGAUUGGGAGAAGGUCGAAAGCUCAGGCCCGGGCAGGAUACAGAAUGUCAAUAGCAGUGAAAACAAUGGCAGUCCUUCUGGGGAAAGUGGUAGAGAUGCAGACGACUGGGAUGGUAUUAUUGGGUUCUUCCACCCAUUCUGCAAUGCUGGAGGAGGUGGCGAGCGAGUUCUGUGGGAAGCAGUACGAGCGACGCAAACGCGCUGGCCGAAAGCAAUUUGCGCUAUAUACACGGGUGACCAUGAAGUCAACAAAGCUACGAUGCUGGAGCGGGUGGAGCAUCGGUUCAAUAUUCAUCUGCAUGCGCCGAAUGUGGUGCUUCUUUACUUGACGACCCGCAAGUAUGUUUUGAGCAGCUCAUACCCCUACAUGACGCUACUGGGACAGUCGUUGGGGUCAUUGGUUGUUGCCUAUGAUGCCUUUACACUUCUCGUACCGGAUGUCUUCGUUGACACUAUGGGCUAUGCCUUCACCCUUGCUCUUUGCAAGUGGCUUUUCCCGACUGUGCCUGUUGGUGCUUAUGUUCAUUAUCCGACCAUAUCAACCGAUAUGCUCGCCUCUCUAGAUGACAAGAGCGGCGUACAAGGGAUUAACUCUGGCGCAGGUAAAGGUUGGAAAGGGAAACUUAAGCGCCGGUACUGGCAGCUGUUUGCCAAACUCUAUGGCUGGGUUGGCCGACAAGUGGAUGUAGUUAUGUGCAAUUCGUCCUGGACGGCAGCGCACAUUCGAACUCUCUGGGGCGCCAUCAACAAAAGCAGCAGUAGUAGCGGUGAUGGCUCUCCAUCAUCGCCGGCUGUGGUGUUCCCCCCAACAGCAGUCACCGAACUGCAAUCAAGCAUUGCCGUUGAUGCGGAAAGCGAGAAGACUCGCCAGCCAGUCAUCCUUUACAUUGCCCAAUUCCGACCAGAGAAGAACCACCCGCUGGUUCUGCGCUCUUUGCGCGAUUUCUGCAAGAACGAGCCAGCAACACAGCCUACACUGGCCGACCAUCUCCACGCCUACCCCGAUGAGACCCACAUCUACAACCUACGGCUCUUGGCACAUGAGCUGCGCAUCCGCGACCAGACUACUUUCUUGUGCGAUGCUAGCUGGCCCGCUGUUCUAUCACAUCUAAGCACCGCAUCCGUUGGCGUGAACGCCAUGUGGAAUGAGCACUUUGGUAUUUGCGUCGUCGAGUACCAAGCUGCUGGUCUCAUCUGCGUGACACACGACUCGGGUGGUCCACGCGAAGACAUCGUUGUUGACCUAGGCGAUGGUGCAACGGGAUUCCGGGCUGAAACAGAGGAGCAAUUUGCUGCUUCCUUCGAGGCUGCUCUUGCUCUCCCGGAGGCGGAGAAGGUCGCCAUGCGGCAGCGGGCGCGUCGCUCGGCUCAACGGUUUACUGAAGAGGAGUUCUCCCGCAAAUGGUUGGAACAAGUGCAGAAGCUUGUCCGGAUGUCAAAGGUUUAG